UCAAAAGACAUGAUUGAGAUCAAUGCGAGGCUAAGUCGUGGAGCCGUUUACUUCCGAUCGGAGACAAUCAAAUGUGUGGUCACUUUGACUAAUGUCACACCCGUUCCCGUUAGCAAUCAUCACAACCGUAACCACAACGAUAAGGUCAACCACACUGUCGGCACCAGCAAUGGUAAAGCCAUUCAACCUAAAGAUAGUGAUUUCUCUGAAACUCUUUGUUGGGCCGGAGUUCAGCUCCAUUGCUACUGUAGUGUAGAUGAGACCAAAGUAGUACAAAACGAGUCGCCAUUGAUGGCUGCAGUGAUAUCGUCGACCGACACGUCCUUCAAUCCGUGUCUAAUGAAGGGAGAAAAGGGUCGCGUCUUGUUUUCUUCCAGUCCUAAGAUAUUGUUUUGUGAUCUCAAACUAAUGCCAAAUGAAAGCAAGUCGUUUGUCUAUAAUGAAACUGUUCCCGAUUGGGUUCCGCCCUCUUAUAAUGGCCUCAAAGUUAAAUAUCAGUACAAACUAUCGAUUGGCACUCAAAGGAUUAACUCAAGCAUUCAGUUGUUGAGAAUCCCUAUUCGUAUCCUUACUAUUGAUAUACCUAUUGGUUUAGUGACCGAUUCAAUGAAAAUCAAUCAUCAAAACUAUGAGCUAAACAAUGAUUGUAAUAAUGAUAUUAAUCGUAAAGACUCAGUGGUCAGCAAUCACUCAGUGAAUCACACCUACGAACCGAUUGACUUCAGCAAUGAAUCCGUUUUGGAUGUUUCCCUCCAUAGACUCGAUUGUCUGACRGCUAAGCGUUGUCCUCAGAGUUAUGUCAUAACAAAUCCAUUUGGAAAAGUGGCCAAACUUUGUAUAAUGAAAUCUACUUAUAAAUUAGGCGAAGAUAUUGUAGGCAUUUUUAGUUUUAAUGAAUCUACCGUUCCAUGUGUACAGUUUUCAGUGACUCUACAAUGUGAUGAAACAAUUCAAGAGGAAUAUCGUGUCAAAGAUUUGAAGCCUUCCUCUUAUACUCAAACAACUAGUUAUAGCAAUUACAACGAGUUUUGUCUUCACAUGAAUCACACGCAAAUGGUUCUGACGGUGCCGUUGACUAUAACACCAACUUUUACAAGUGAUUUAGUAUCACUUUCUUGGAAAUUACACUUCGAGUUUGUGACGGCAAAGCCGGAGGACGUCCGCAAUACUGUUACACAGGAUUCACAGGGAGUUAGCGAACAAUCGCCACCAUUUCUCAACGUCCAGACUAUGGUCUGGGAUCUACCAAUUUGUUUAUUUGCAACGCAUCCAAUACAAGUGGCCCGUGGUUUUCAAAUGCCUGCCGCCAGUACUCUAACUGUUUAAUAAUAUAAAUCAUAAUUUGUUUGACUAAUAUAUACCGUUUAUACUAUACAUAUAAAUGAAGUUUUGUUUGAGAGUAUAUUUAUAAUAUUGUUGACACUAUUUUACAAAUUGGUCGACAAAACUUCGUUUCGUUUGACUCAACUGUUUCACAAAGGAUUUGCAUUCAAUUGAAUUUAAUAAUUUGUUUUUAAAAAUAAUUAUACAUUU